AUGUCGUACCACAAACACCAGGAGUUUCCAACUCCCUCGGCGCAUCAAUGGGGCGGAUGUUCUGCUACAUUACCCAACAAGGUCGCGUGUUGGGCAAAGUCAGGCGGCAAAGAUGAGUCAGGGCUAGGCAGGUUUUCAUGGAUCAAGAUCCAGGGCAGGGACAUCCGUCAACAGGAGCCUCAGACUGAUGGCCCCCCGGCUGGUCCUUUAGAUCUUGUGAUGGUCUCUGCAUAUUGUCCAAACACGGAAGGUACCAAUGCGGGCAGUGUUUGGAACUACCAAAGGAAUUACUGGCUGAGCAAGGGGGUGACUAUGGAUCCCCGUGACAAACUCACAUUAGGUCUGGUAGACCUGAUCAAAGAGUGGAAAGCGGAAGGAUGUGAGAUUCUACUGGGGUUAGACACAAAAGAGGAUGUCUUCUACAACUCUCCCUCCUCCUUCUGCCAAGAGAUGAGGAGGGAAGGUUUGACCGAGGCUAUCUUACGCCGACAUCAGGGCCUCUACCCGGCGACAUCCCAAAGUCGGACGACAGACACUCUCAUUGAUGGCCGUUUGGUCGACCGCUAUAUUAAAGCUGCUGAAGCAGGUUAA